UAAUACCCUACUUCAUAUUUCUUCUGUGUUGUGGAAAUUUGGGAGGGUACCUUACAGCGUUUUAUGCAAGAUCAGCGGCUAUAAAUGGUACCUUUCUAGGUCCCCAUGUCUAGGACAAAAGUAAGGGCGGCAUCUGAGGUGUGCGCCGACUGUACAGCCCCAGAUCCAACAUGGGCCUCCAUAAAUCGUGGUGUUCUGAUCUGUGAUGAGUGUUGUAGUGUACACAGAAGCCUGGGCCGCCACAUUUCUCAAGUCAAGUCACUUACAAAGGGUCAAUGGAGCCCAACACAAUUACUUAUGGUUCAGCAUUUAGCUAACCAUGGAGCCAACAGUAUUUGGGAGCAUUCACUGCUAGACCCCUCACAGAGUAAACAUGGCAAGAAAAAGCCAGGCCCCAGAGACCAAGUCCAUCCUGUGAAGACAGAAUUUAUAAGGUCCAAAUACCAGUUCUUACAGUUUGUAAAUAAACAGAAGGAUGGAGAACUCAAUUCAAUAGAUGAUUUGAGCAAGCAAUUGCACUCAAGUGUGAGAACAAAUAAUCUAGAGACAUGUUUACGUCUCCUGUCCAAAGGAGCAGAUCCAAAUUAUUUUCAUCCUGAGAAAGGAAAUUGUCCGCUGCAUGUCGCAGCCCAGAGUGGUCAACCGUUACAGGUGGAGCUUCUUGUUGUGUAUGGAGCUGAUCCAGGGGCAUACGACUCUAAUGGGAAAACUCCCAUUGAUCAUGCCAAGGCUGAGGGUCAGAUGGAUUUAGCAGACAGACUUGUUGAAUGUCAAUAUGAAUUGACUGAUAGACUGGCAUAUUAUCUCUGCCAGCGAAAACCUGACCACAGAACAGGAAUUCAUUUUAAGAUACCUGAAAUGGCAGACAGUAGUUUAGAUAUGUCAGAAUUAGCAAAGCAAGCAAAGAAAAAGUUACAAGCACUUCCAAAUCACUUAUUUGAAGAAUUAGCAAUGGAUGUUUAUGAUGAAGUUGACAGAAGGGAAAACGAUGAACAUUGGCUACAGACACAUGACAACAAAGCUCUAGUCAGUGACCGACAGGGGGUGCCUUUUCUCCCUCUUAACCCAGACUUUUCAGCCACACGGAAUCAGGGACGUCAGAAGCUUGCCAGAUUCAAUGCAAGGGAAUUUGCCACUUUGAUUAUAGACAUUUUAAAUGAUGCAAAAAGAAGACAGACAGGAGUAGUGUCCCCUGUUCAGACUUUAAAAGAGCCAGACAAAUUGCCUGGUCAAGUGGUCCAAAGAAAGAACAACUUUAACAGCAUUGUCAGUGAUGAGGAACCCAUUUACGACCAGGUGGCAUCAGAUGAAGAUUAUAGUAGUAUUGAUAAUCUCAGCAUUAAGAGUGCCGGUAUGAAGGACAGUUCUCUCGCCCAGCCCCCAGCUAGCCCGGAUAAUGAUUCUGAUACAUUGUUAAAAUCAAGUGUUCAGGAGCCCCCUACUGUCCCAGAGGCCAUGGUGGAAGGACCCGUCUCCACAGAAGAAUUCCUCCAGAUGAAGAAAAAAAUGUCCACAAUGGAGUUUAGAAUGCAGCAGAUUCUCAAAACCAAUCAAGAUCUCCAGAAAGAGAGAGAUGAUCUCACUCAACUGGUACAGACACUUACGAAAGAGAUAUCUAUCCUGAGAAAUCAAGCCCAGCACCAGGCGAGUCCGCCGGCCACCUUACCUAAUGGUUACAGCCAAGAUCGGGGGGAGGAAGGAGCAAGGACGAGUAUUCCGAGAGCAGGAACACGUCCACAGUCAAUGUUUGAGCCCCGGGAAAGGGAGCAGCGAUUAUCUAAUAAAACUCCAUCCAAAGAAUUAUUGCCCACAGCCUAUUCUGUAUCCAAUAUCCACAAACCAGAUGAAACUGAUUCUAACCGUGUGCAAUCUUCGAGUUCUGGGUCUGGAGCGGACGAGAUACAGAUGGCUUAUCCCCCAGAUCUCUCCCACUAUGAUUGUCCCAGCUCACUGCCAGUAAGCAUGGAUGAGGAUCUCCCAUCUCAAGAGGAAGUCAUGAGAAAAACUGAAAAAAUCACCAAAAAUAUUCAAGAACUUUACAAAUCUGGCCAGGAUGGCAAACAUGAUAGCUUUGGGCAAUGUGCUGACAAAAUCUAUGAGGCAGUGAAAGAAAUGGCAGCAUUGUUUCCAAAGAACCCAAGAAUCAGCACAGUUCGACAUGCGCUUCAUUUACUGACAUCGAGUGCUGCUCGCCUACAAGAAGAAUGUCAGGACGGAAUCAUGGGUGACCUUGAGCCCGAUCUCGAUCUUCCAUUUAAAACUCAGCAAGUGAUGCAGUGUGCUUUUGACAUUGCGAGAGCUGCUAAAGAACUUGUUACCCUGUUUCAGUGACGAUUUCAAAUGACUUCUUCAUUUACAGAUCUGAUGAGUAUAUGUUGUACAAGGAACACUUUCAGGGGCUCCAGAGAGGGAGUCUUAGAUAAAAAUUGGUGCCAAAUAUUACGCUAUGUUUAGAAUGUUGAUUCAAGGUGUUUGAAUUACCCCUUUAUAUCAGUCGUUUCAUUUGAAAUCAUGGCAUUUCUCUGUUCAGUUGUUUUACUGGAUAAAAUUGUUUUUAAAUGUAAGAUAGGUAUCAUUCUGCUUCUGUGAUUGUGAAAUAAACAUCUAUUAAAAGAAAUGUAAAACUAUUAAAAUGGAAGUAGCUGUAGUAAAAUUUACUCUGCCAGUCUCCAGAAAUCAAAAUGCAAUUGCUUAUUUAUGACAUUGACUUUUUAGUUAAGCUAGUGGUUUUGACAUCUAUUUGUUUUUUACAUUAUUUUGGGUAUUACCAUUGGCAUUUAGUAGUUGCAUGUCUUCAUCGCAUGUCUUUAUCAUUGCUUUAAGUUGAGAUUUCAGAGUGGAACAGUUUUUAAGGUUGGAAAUGUCUGUCUGGUUCAAAUGUCUAAAAUACAGAAGUAUUUUCAUUUGUAUAUGUAUUUUUUAUUUUUGGUCAAAAAGCAGUGAAAAUGCAUAUUUUAUUUCUUUAUUUUGGCUCUUUGAUUACUUAUAAUAAGAAACUGUCUUCAGCAGAACUCUCUUUUGGUACAAUUUUAAGGGGACUGGUAAAGUAAAAUUAUUUCAGCUGUUUAUUCUGAGGAAAUGGGAAACGGAUAAAUACUGUAUGAUGCAAUAUGAAAAAAAAGUUUUGCAAUAAGUGUUUACAUGUGCCUUGUUUUGUUUCUGCCAAAUAUUUAAUUUAAGGAAAAUAAAGAAAAAAACAUGAUCAGUAUUAUUAACAUUGGCUCAUUGUCAUCAGUCUCUGCCUGUUACAGAAUAAGAAUAUUAGUUUGCUAGUUGUUGGCAUUAUAUUUUUAAAAAAAAACACCUGUUUACAUCAUAGCAACUAUGGAAAUUUAAGUUCUUAUCUGUCUCUUCCCAUGCUUACAAGUCUAUACUGCAAACUUGGUCUUUCCGUGAUCAGUAAAACGAAGUUUUUUAAACCUCAGUGAAUGUGAUUGGUCAUAAUUACUUCUAUAUAUAUAGAAUUGUACAUGUAAUUAGGUUCAAGGGGAAAAGAUACAGUUAAUUUUCAUGUGUAAAUUAUUCAGCAUUAAAAUACAAUGUAAAUGUAAUAUCUAGACUUAAGCAAAAUUACUGCAUGAUAUUAAAAUAUUGGAGUUGAAAAUAUAUACUGUGAUAUAUCUAGUGUAGAAUAUCUAUGGGAACAUGUCAUUAUUAUUUUUUUAAUUUGUUGAGCUGAUUGUACAGUAAAGCUAAAAAUGAUGAACAAUUUAUAAAGAGACUAAAACUACCAUAAAGGUCAUUCAUCAAGAUGAUAGGAAUUUGAAUAGUGAAAGUGAAAGUCAUUUUGAAUUAUAAGUUCAUUUAAACCAGUUGGAAUUAGAAAAAGAAAACUGAAAUUCAUUUUAACUCAUGUACUGUAGUUCAUUUAAUAAGCUUGAACUACCACGUAUGUUGUGUAUGUAACUAUUUGUAAUAAUUAUGUGUGCGUACACUUUGCAAUUUUUUUAACCUGUGUAAUGGAGCUCAUCAUGUAUGAAGCUCAGAAUUGAAUCUAGUCAUAUUGGUUCAUUUUCAUAAUCAGUCUAUAUUUAUUAAGUCACAAGUGUCUGGAGAACAGAGUGUAUUGAGGAAGAACAUAUCACAAGCCUGCAUUAUGUUUCUUAAUUAAUGCUGUCAUUACCAGAAUUGUCUGUAAUAAAGUUUACAGUGAUGGUUGACAAAAUCAUCGGGCCAAAUUCUUUUGUUAGACAUAACUUUCUCUAAUCGCCAUGUCUUCUUUUUUUAAAAUACAGGUUGGACAGAGGUUUAUUAAUCAGUAGAACAAGGGUUUUUGGUUUAUUUUCUUGUGGUUUAUAUUUUUUACUGUGAAUUUGAAGCUUUAUAAAUUAAGUUCUCAUAAAUUGAACCUGUUUUUACAGUUUUUCAAAGUCUAUUAUGCACAUAAUCAUUUUGUUUAUGAAGGACUUUGUAGGAUUUUUAAACAAUUUGUAAUCAUGUACUUGAAAUAAUUGAAAAAAAUAAUUUGUUGUUGAUUUCAACAAAGAACUUGUAUAAGCUAGAAAAAUUUAGACAGCAUUUACUUUAACCAUCAUAUUGAUGUUUUUGUAUGUGUACAAUCAGAUGUGUUUGUAAGAAAAUAAAAAAAUGGAUUUGAAUAAUACUCAAGGAGAUUUUCUAGUGUCCCAUUUUAUGUAGUGUAUUAGAAUAGGUUAUGUAAAUUUGUAGCAUAAUAUGAGGACUGUCCAUACAACAAUAAUUGUAGCUUUCAUGGUUCAUUUCUUCAUUAUGUUGUAAUGCAUGUCGUCAUGAAAUGUAGACAUAUUCUAUUUUGUAUUAUUGAUAGUAAUUAUCAAUAAACAUGGAUAUCAAUAAAGAAAAUUAAACCUGA